AUCAAUGUUUUCAAUAGCACCUUUAACUUUCACUUUUGAUUUUGAUUUCAGUUAGUCGGACCUGCAAUUGCACUGAGUUGUCUUUUUUUUGUCUUUUUCACACUUUACGGUUGUUCGACAGGAAAAAAGGCAGCAACGACAUACAGGACAGGUCAUGGCUGACAUCUACAAAAACCGCCCGAUAGAUGUCAAGAUGGACGGUCUGGAGGAGGAAGGCAGUCGAUUCGAGGAGGCCAAGAAAGAGCUGGAGACAUGGAAGUCUAAAGCAGAGAAAGCUGAUGAUGUGAAAGCCAGGCUGAUAUUGGAAAAACUGGAAGAGGAGGAAGCCAAGAUGAAGGCCCAGCAAGAGAUGUUUGCAUGUGUCGAAAAGCAAGAGGAGUGUCAGAAGGAAUUCACUCAAAGCAUGAACGCAGUGCAGGAUGAAAUCCUGAAGCUUGGUAAACGAAGACAGGAUUUGCUGGACAAACUGAGGAGAUGUCAAGAUGAACUGGAAGCUAAGAGGGCCGAGUCCACCAAACUGAAGCAGAAAUUCAAGAUUUACGCCCAGAUUCCAGACACAGAGGUGAAGUUCAGGGCUCAGAAUAAAGAGGAGAGGGAGGACGACAGUCAGCCAAUCAGAGGAGUGUUUGCCAUCAGCCAGAGACCCACUGUGCUUCUGCAGGAAGGACAGGCACUCAUCACCUUUGAAGAGGAGAAAGUGGCCUCUCAGAUCCUGAAGAUUGCCAAGUGCUCUGUGUCCUGUGACAGCAUUAGUUUGGAUGUGAAACCAAAAAGAAUAACCAUGGAUCCUGCUGUUAAGUUUGAGGUCCACCUCGAUGUUUCCAGAAAGGAGCUCAAGGUUUUCAACAUCCCCCCUUCCAUGCCAGAGGAGAGAAUGAAGGACCGACUGGAGAUGAAUUUCUCCAGGCCCAGCAGAGGAGGAGGAGAGGUGGAGAGUGUGGAGUAUGAUAAGAACACUGGGACAGGACAGAUCACCUUUCUCCACCCUGGAGUUGCUGAGAGUCUGGCCCUGAGAGGGAGGUACCGUGUGGAUCUGGACUCUGAAGUGAAUGUGCAGGUUGGACCCAUUUACAAAUACCAGCUGCGCAAGUUUCAGACAUUCUGUGGCUCUCCAGAGCGAACCAUCCUCCUGGAUGACAUCAAGGAUGUGAAGGACGAGGAGGACCUGCAGGACCACCUGGAGAUCCACUUCCAGAAGCCCAGCAACUAUGGUGGUGAGAUAGAGUGCAUCAAGUACAUCUCCAGGGGGAAGGCUCUGCAGGCCUUUUUUCUCUGUGAGGACUCUGUGGAUGACUGACUUUAACCAGCAGGAGCCAAACCUCCUACAUCUGCAACAUGUAAGGAAAGUAAAAAGAAGCUCCUCCCCAUCCACUGGUAAUCUGUCUGUCUCCUAUGCUUGUUAGAAAUAGAAACUAUUUGUAAUAUGUUUUGGAUUAUUUCAAAGAAUUCUGUAUAUUUCUUGUCAUGCCUAAAUUGAAAGGAUGCAUUUUGGAAAAUUCUCUUAUUUCCUGUCCUGUUGAGAAGAUUUAGUAAUUUCAUCUCUGUGCAUUCAAUAGAGGGUCUGAAUUUGAUUAUAUGUUUUCAUAUCACACGGUGAGGGGUGUUAAGUGGUCAUCGGCAAAGUACUCAACAGCAGUCUGUAGCCAGAGUGUCCUGACACAUAUGUAGAUAACUGUAUAACCUGGAAAGUAAUCUCACAGCCUGAUUGUAUGUAGAUGCCUGGUCCUACAUUAAGGCAGGGUUUGACAGCCUCACAAUUUAUUUAUUCGCAUUUGUUUGAUGAUUUCUGUGAUUUGGAUGUCUGUCUGUAUGCCUAUUCCUGAUAGAUUACUUUGUAACAUGAAGGCAGUACUGAUGUAACAAGAGAUAUAAUACCGUAAUAGUGACGUUGAUAGGUUUUCAAUGUAGUGAGUCCCCGGGACCCACAGGUGGUCAUUUGAGUGGGUCCCAGGGAAAUUGAGUGGGUCCCCAAUAAAAUGUGUGUCUUUUGACAAA